AGUUCCCGCGAUAACGACGAAGACCACGCUAUUCUCAGUGGGACUUGUAGUUUUUUUCCUUUCCUGUUUUAGGGGCUGUCCUUCCAGUCUACAACUCACACCCACCUCGGACUGGAUUGGGAUAUCUGGGUGCGUGUUGGAAUGGGCGGGUUUGUUCUUAAUCUCGGUCUCGAGAGUGUAUCAUAGAAGUAGGGGGUGGGGAGGUGGAUGGUACCCCUCUUUUUUUUUUUCUUCUCCAAGGACAGGUCCUAAAGAGACGCAGUAGUCCCUCUCCCCUUUGGGGGCCAGGGAGGGGACCGGGUUGUGUCCGCCAUGUUGGUGAAGGCAAAGGAAGGCGACUGGCGCUGCGGGACUGACGGCUCUGCGGGCUCAAGUCGGCCAUAUUCAUAAAGAGGGAAGGUGGCUCCCUACCCCCGACGCACACACAUCCGCACCCCUGCUGCCCAUCCCGCCCCGCGAUUCUGCUCGGCGGGCCUGUCCCCUGCCUCGCUGGCCCCGCGUAGCCGUCAGCGCCUCAGGACAGGCUCACGACGGCGCCGAAUGAGGGGGGAAGGGACAUGCCGACCAAUUGCGCCGCGGCGGGCUGUGCCACUACCUACAACAAGCACAUUAACAUCAGCUUCCACAGGUUUCCUUUGGAUCCUAAAAGAAGAAAAGAAUGGGUUCGCCUGGUUAGGCGCAAAAAUUUUGUGCCAGGAAAACACACUUUUCUUUGUUCAAAGCACUUUGAAGCCUCCUGUUUUGACCUAACAGGACAAACUCGACGACUUAAAAUGGAUGCUGUUCCAACCAUUUUUGAUUUUUGUACCCAUAUAAAGUCUAUGAAACUCAAGUCACGGAAUCUUCUGAAGAAAAGUAACAGUUGUACUCCAACCGGACCUUCUAAUUUAAAAUCAAACAUUAAUAGUCAACAAGUGCUACUUGAACACAGUUAUGCCUUUAGGAAUCCUAUGGAGGCAAAAAAGAGGAUAAUUAAACUGGAAAAAGAAAUAGCAAGUUUAAGAAGGAAAAUGAAAACUUGCCUACAAAAAGAACGCAGAGCAACUCGAAGAUGGAUCAAAGCCACUUGCUUGGUGAAGAAUCUAGAAGCAAAUAACAUAUUACCUAAAGGCACAUCUGAACACAUUUUACCAACUGCCUUAAGCAGUCUUCCUUUGGAGGAUUUCAAGAUUCUUGAACAAGACCCACAAGAUAAAACAUUACCAAUUCUCUAAAUAUAAACCAGAUCAAGAGUGCUUUUAUUUAAGAGUAGCCUGCACACAAAAAGAAAAAAAGAAGAUUAGCUUGCAUCGAUCUUGAUGCCCAUCAUUUAUUCUAUUCAAAGGUAAAGAUAUUUAAGGAAAUAAUGCCAAAAUUGGGUAUUUAAUAAAGUUUUACUUGAAGUAACGUUCUUACUGUAUAACUUAUGAAGACUUGAUUACAAAAAUAGAAAACUUUAUGAAACUUAUUUGAAAAAGGAUGGAAGUGCCUUACAUGCGAAUUGCAUACAUUAAAAAUUUGCUAGGAAGUUUUGCAAGAUGUGUUUUUGCCUUUUUAAACAACUUUUGAAGAACAGCCUAUUACAAGUAAUGUGUUUAAUUUAUAUUAGAAAAAAAUGUUUUUGUGUACCAAAGUUGAGACAUUACAUUCUAAGUAAGGUAAGUAGGAGUUAACCAAUAUUAAAUAUGACUUUAAAACUGCUGAGGUUUGUAUUAAAUUAUUACUGACACUGUGAUUUGGAAACUUUACAGAAAAAAAGCCUAAGGUGCAGGGCAAGUUCUUUUAUUUAAACUUUCUAUAUCUUUUUAACAGUAAACGUGAGCUAAUCAUAAUCUCCCUCAUAAGAAUAUUAUCUUUUAAAAUGGAUUGUAAAAUAUUUUGAAAAUAUUUUAAAUAUGAAGUACCCUUGAGUCAUUCAAGCUAGUAAGGACUCAAGUACCUCAGACUAGUAAAAACUGGUAGCUGGUUAUAUUAACCUUCUAAGAAAAUAUGUUGUGAAAUAAUGCAGAGAGCAGGAUCUAACUUUUACCUUUAACAAAAAGAUAACUGUAUACUACUCUUUUACUAAAAAAAUAAAUUUUUUUUUUAAUUUCAAAAUUGAUGCAUUAGUAAGCAAAUACGCUACCAGUUCCCUGUUAGAAAACUCCCUCUGCCUUCAUGUAUGUUGAUACCAAAACUUUUCAGCUUUCCCUUCCCCCCAUAAACUUAACAGUAGAAUUUAAUCAUAAAACAGUACUUACUAUAUUAUAUCUUUACAACUUAUAACUUAAAAUGGAAUCUGUUUUUCUUACACAUCAGCUUGCUUUUUAUUUCCUUUCUUAGUAAGGGUAGACUAGAACAACCAUACUGCAUAAGGGAAAUAAAAUGUACUUCUCUACAAAAACAUGUGUCUGUGAAUAAAGCUAUGCAAGUGCUAAUUAUUUUACAAAAUAGAAUAUCAGAACUAUUCUUAAUAGUUGCCACUUGAACAAUUAAAGAGUUUGCCUUACUUCACCAGAUAAAUGUUUAAUAAGAACACUUUCCUUCAAAUAGUUUUGAUCAAAUCCAGCAAAAAUUUACUAAUGUAUCAUGAAGUUAUUUAAUCCUGAUUCAAGCUUUCUGACACCACCAUAUAAAAGUAACAUACACCUAAUCGUAAAUUGCUAUAAAUCUUUCCUAUAAAGUAAAUGCUACUUGAUGAUUUAAAAAAAAAACACACACAAAAAAAUACUUCCCCCGCCCCCCAACUGUUUAGAUUGCUGGGUUGUUGUUCUUUUUAUUUUAUUGAUGGGUGUGAGAGAGAGAGCCAUCGAUUUGUUGUUUCACUUAUUCAUUCAUUGGUUGAUUCUUAUAUGUGCUCUGACCAGGGAUUGAACCCACAACCUUGGUGUAUCGGGACGACACUCGAACCAACUGAGCUACCCGGCCAGAGCUUAGACUGCUGUUUUGCUUGGAUCCUAGCAACAGUCUUUUUAUAUUAUUGACACCCUCUUUUAAUAAGGAAUGCCUCCCAAGCAACUAGAUUUCACAAAGGCAAGGGUAGGAAAGUCUGUUUUAAUUGUAAGGCACUUACAACAAAUAUUUAUGAAAAUCCUUUUGUGUACACAGGGUGGGGCAAAAGUAGGUUCACAGUUGUGAGUACAUGAAGCAGAGUUUGUUCUUAUUUAUUGUAUUAUUUCCCAUAUGAACAACUAUAAGCCUACUUUUGCUCCACCCUGUAUUGUAAACCUUGUUAGUCAUUUUAUCAUAAAUAUUAGAUUUAGCUCCAUUUUGUUGGUUUUUUCUAAUAUGGCUUCAAAUUAUCUUUUUACCAAUACCUAGUCCAGGGGUCCUCAAACUACGGCCCGCAGGCCACAUGCAAAUACAAAUAUUGUAUUUGUUCCCGUUUUGUUUUUUUACUUCAAAAUAAGAUAUGUG